AUGACAUUUAAAGAUAAUAUUAAUGAUUAUCUUUAUCAGCUUCCUAAAACAACAUUAUUGAGACUUUAUAAAAAUCCUUCAGCAUGUCUUUCUAUAUUUCGUCUUUUACCUAAUCUUGCCAAACAAUUUAUUUUAUCAUUGUUAUAUUAUCCAGAACCUUUGUCUCUAGAAAAGUUUGAUCAACUGGUUAAUGAGGAUAGUAAAUCAAAACAAGCAGAAGCAUUGGAUAAAUUAUAUAAGCUUCAUAUUUUUCAAAAAAAAGAAGAUCAUUUGUAUUUUACAGAUAAUUUCAAAAAACAAUUUCAAAUUUUAUUAAUAGGAGGAAAGAGUUAUGAUACAUUUGGGAUAUUAUGUCUAAUUCCUGACAAAAGAAAUAUUGAUAUAGCUUUUCUUGAUAAUUACGCUAGGAAGAAAUGGGAAACAAUACUUCAUUUUAUGCUUGGAACCGGGAUAGAAAAAUUACCUGGAGAUCAUAUUUUAAGUCUUUUGCAUUAUAGUCAACUUAUGUCUGGAUCUAAGCAUGAUAAUAUGAAAAUAACUAAUUCUGGGUUCCAAUUUUUAUUACAAGAUAUUAAUUCACAAAUUUGGACACUUUUAUUACAAUAUUUAAAUAUGACAGAAGAUUCGAAAAUAGAUCCUGUUGAUGUUUUGCAAUUUUUGUUUAUGUUAGGAAACUUAGAAUUGGGAAAAAGUUAUCUUGUUAGCUCAUUAACACCUAUUCAAAUUAAUACACUUGAAAAUCUUAAAGAUUAUGGAAUCGUUUAUAGGCGUAAAUCAUCUCGGCGUUUUUAUCCAACAAGACUUGCAACCAUAUUAACUUCAAAUACAGAAGUUUUUUCAUCCAAUUCAGAUAUCAAAAAUCUUUUACAUCCUAAUCAUAAUUCAAAAAGUGCUGAUAAAGGCUUCAUUAUUCUUGAAACAAAUUAUCGUCUUUAUGCUUAUACUAAUUCACCCAUACAAAUUGCUGUUUUAAAUCUAUUUGUUCAUCUUCAAUUACGAUUUUCAAAUCUUGUUGUAGGAAUAGUGACUCGUAAUAGUGUUAGACAAGCAUUUAUGAAUGGUAUAACAGCAGAACAGAUAAUAUCAUAUCUUACAUCGUAUGCACAUCCUCAAAUGAAGAAAAAUACUCCUAUCAUUCCAUCUACUAUUACUGAUCAGAUUCAACUUUGGGAAAUGGAAAGAAAUAGACUGAAAGCUACAGAAGGAUAUCUUUUUCGUGAUUUCAAUUCUAAUACGGAUUUUGAAUUAGUAUUAAAAUAUGCUAAUGAAUUAAAUGUCGUUGUAUGGGAAGCUCCUUUAAAAGGAAUUUUUUUUGUGAAUAUUCAGAGUUCAAACAUGAUAGUAGAUUAUAUUAAAAGAAAACUUUCAAAAUAA